CCAUGACCUACUAUUUGAGCCUCUAUAAGAGGGACCAGUGUCCCUAGAUCAGUCAAACCUCCAAGCACAAGAGCAGGACGCAGCAGGUUUCAUCCGAACAAGACCAACCCAACUCCGCAACUAGCAUGGCGUCCAAGCAGAUCCUCCUCAUCAGCGGUGGCAACACCGGCCUCGGCCUCGAAACCCUCCGGGCCCUUUGCCGCAGUGAAACCGCCUACGAUCUCAUCCUCGCCGCCCGCACCCUCUCCAAGGGCGAGGCCGCCGCCGAAACCCUCCGGCAGGAGUUUCCUGGAACUCCCAGCACCAUCAGCCCCGUGCAGCUCGACAUCGCCGACGAUGAGUCCAUUGCAGCCGCGUAUAGCACCAUCUCCGCCAAGUAUGAACGUCUCGACGUACUAAUCAACAACGCCGGCACACAGCUCCCCCCUUCCGAUCCAACACCCCGCCGCGCGGCCUGGAACCAAACCCUCAACGUAAACGUCACAGGCACCGACAUCAUAACCGACACCUUCGCUCCCCUCCUCCUGAAAUCCUCAUCUCCGCGCCUCCUCUUCAUAACCAGCGGCACAUCCAGUCUCAACGAGACGAUGGAGCCAAACCUCUUCAUCAACGUGCCCCCGCCCGCUGGCUGGCCGAAAAAGCAGCUGAGCGCUGCGCUAUUACCCUACCGCGCCAGCAAAACGGCACUGAACAUGGUCGUGCGCGACUGGGCGCGCGUGCUCAAUGAGGACGGGGUCAAGGUCUUUGCUGUUUCGCCGGGCUUUCUCGCCACGGGGUUGGGAGGUGGGAUUGGGGCGAAGAUGGGGGCUGCGCAUCCAAGUGUUGGGGGAGAGCUUGUUAGGGAUGUGGUUGAGGGGAAGAGGGAUGAGGAUGUGGGGCUUGUUGUUAAGGAGGGUGGCGUGCAGCCUUGGUAGCUUGGUAGGGUGGUUUGUGUAACGGAGUUUGCUCGGGAAUUUUGUAGCGGCGGCAGCAAUGUGGUAUUCUAGCAUGGCAAAUUCAUUCCACUAUUCGGGUUUUAGGGGUUUCUUAGCAUAUAGCUAGUAGGUUACAGAAGCUUUUAG